GCAGGCCAUGCAUCUGGAGAAGGAAGGCGGCCGGCUGAGCUCCGGCAAGCUGGAGGUGGAGCUCCAUCAGACGUCCGCUUCCCCGCCCUACCCCCAGCAGGCGGCCGGGCAGAGCUGCUGGGCUCCUGUGGACCAGGAUUUUGGUUCCUUCCUCACGGAGCAGAGGUCUCACUUGCCUUUCACCGGGUUCUGCAGCUCCGGGCCCCGGGAAGCCUGCUGCACAGAAAGCACGCCUCUGCUGGGGGGCCCCUCCCAGGAGCGGGGGGCGCGGUGCCUGCCCGUCUACCACCCGGAGCUCAUCACGGCGGAGUCCUGGGACCUCAGCUCGGCCGAGUGGGAGGGCACGUCGCUGCUGGGCAGUGAGGCGGCCGGGUCCUCCAGAUCCGCCUCCUCGGACAGGGGGGACCUCCUGGAAGGGGCUCCCGUCCCGUUCCGCCUCUCCAAGCUGAGGCGCUGUGCGCGGCGGCUGAAAGUCACGGGCCUCUUCGUCUUCGUGGUGAUGUGCUCGGUCUCCUUCAGCCUGUAUCCCGACGAAGGGAAGCUCUGGCAGCUGCUGGCCGUGUCGCCGCUGGAAAGCUACUCUGCGAACCUCAGCAGCCGGUCCGACUCCACGCUGCUCCGGGUGGACCUGGCAGGGGCCCUGGUGGCCGGCGGCCCGAGUCGUCCGGGAAGAGAAGAGCAUGUGGUGGUGGAGGUGACGCAGGCCGGUGCUCCCGGCUCCAGGCGGCGGCCCCAGCAGGUCACUCACAACUGGACCGUGUUCUUAGACCCGCGACGCAGCGAGCACGUGGUGGUGAGCAGGACCUUCGAGGUUCCGAGCAGGGACGGGGUUUCCAUCAGCGUCCGCGCGGCCCUGCAGCAGCCCCGGGCGGUGCCCCUGCUGCUGGCGCACCAGCACCUCCGUGCCAGCGUGGAAGCCCAGGUGACCGCGGCCGCCGCCAUCCUCGCGGGGGUCUACGUGCUGAUCAUAUUCGAGAUCGUCCACAGGACACUGGCAGCCAUGCUGGGCUCCCUGGCGGCGCUGGCGGCUCUGGCUGUGACUGGGGACAGACCCAGCCUCACCCACGUGGUGGAGUGGAUCGACUUCGAGACGCUGGCCCUGCUGUUCGGCAUGAUGAUCCUAGUAGCCAUAUUUUCAGAAACCGGAUUCUUUGAUUACUGUGCUGUCAAGGCCUAUCGACUGUCCCGGGGGCGGGUGUGGGCCAUGAUCAUCAUGUUGUGCCUCUUCGCCGCUGUCCUCUCCGCCUUCCUGGACAACGUCACCACCUCGCUCCUCUUCACGCCCGUGACCAUCAGGCUGUGCGAGGUGCUCAACCUGGACCCCCGGCAAGUCCUGAUCGCGGAAGUGAUCUUCACCAACAUCGGAGGCGCUGCCACCGCCAUCGGGGACCCGCCCAACGUCAUGAUCGUGUCCAACCAGGAGCUGAGGAAGAUGGGCCUGGACUUCGCGGGGUUCACGGCCCACAUGUUCGUGGGGAUCUGCUUCGUUCUGCUCUUCUCCUUCCCGCUGCUCCGGCUCCUCUACUGGAACAGGAAGCUGUACAACAAGGAGCCCAGUGAGAUUGUGGAGCUGAAGCACGAAAGCGUCUCCUUCUUCCAUUUCAGACAGAUCUCACAGGAGGAUAAGAACUGGGAGACCAACAUCCAGGAGCUGCAGAAAAAGCACAGAAUCUCGGACAGGGUCCUGCUGGCCAAGUGCCUGAUGGUGUUGGGGUUCGUGAUCUGCAUGUUCUUCCUCAACUCAUUCGUCCCUGCCGUUCACCUGGACCUGGGGUGGAUCGCCAUUCUGGGCGCCGUCUGGCUGCUGAUCUUAGCGGACGUCCACGACUUCGAGGUCGUUCUGCACCGAGUGGAGUGGGCGACGCUGCUGUUCUUCGCAGCCCUCUUCGUGCUGAUGGAGGCGCUGGGGCACCUGCACCUGAUAGAAUACGUCGGCGAACAGACCACCUCGCUGAUCAAGAUGGUCCCCGAGGACCGGCGCCUCGCAGCCGCCAUUGUCCUGGUGGUCUGGGUCUCGGCCAUCGCGUCUUCCCUGAUCGACAACAUCCCGUUCACAGCCACCAUGAUCCCCGUGCUCCUGAACCUGAGUCAGGACCCCGAGGUCAGCCUGCCGGCGCCGCCCCUCAUGUAUGCGCUGGCCCUGGGCGCCUGCCUGGGAGGCAACGGGACGCUGAUUGGGGCGUCGGCCAACGUCGUCUGCGCGGGGAUUGCCGAGCAGCAUGGAUACGGCUUCUCCUUCAUGCAGUUUUUCAGGUUGGGCUUCCCCAUGAUGGUGGUCUCCUGCAUGGUGGCGAUGUGCUACUUGCUGGUGGUCCACGUUGUGAUGGGGUGGAGUUAACAGGGACACCUCCUCUGAAGACCGAGGGGAACCUGACCGUCACCCGCGUCUGGAGAACACUCCCCCAUGGACCUCUCUUGGGAGGAGGAGAGGUGCUUACAUGGGGGUGCGACGGAGUGUGGACCUUGGCACCCACAUUCCUUAUCCGGCUGGAUGCUGGCCAAACAUGGCCGAUAGAAAUAUGGGUCACUUCCCCAAGACACCCCGACAGGAAAGACGUGCGUUUCGGGACCCUCCUUGUCGGAAAAGGCACCAAUGCCGUCACCCACCCCAAAAGGUCUGUGUUGCUCAGGGUCCCUUCGCCCGAGGCCGUCCACAGGUUUCCUUCGUGUCAUCACUGUUCAUAUUAGAGUAAUGAGCGAACUGUGUCCCCUCCGAAGACACGCUGUUCCUUGGGAAGGCCUACGCCUUGUAAGGCAGCAGUUUAUGUAUUAAAAAAA